GAGAGAGAGAGAGUUUUCUUCGAAGUGGUAUAUGGUGAUGCCAAGCGAUGCUGACAAGCGAAAAAUUUCAUUUCUAUCCACUAUGUUAAACGAGAGAACAGCAACCUAUUGCGAUGCCCCUGUACAACAACAUCAGCAGCCCAAUUCCAACUUAUUGAAGCCAACAGAUUCAGAGAUGAAGCUGCAAGAUUCAUUCAAUUUGAUAAGAAUAGAAUCUGAAGAUGCCGGUAGCAAUGGAAUUUACAAUAAAGCCUGUCAAGAAGGUGACCAUCCUCAAGCAUACGCAAAAGAAAUGAAUUCAAACGGCAGCAUCAGCAAGGCAUCAGCACAAGUUCCAGAGGAAAUACCACCACGUGAUAAAUGGAACACUGUUCAAAUUAUCCUGAUAAUCCAAGGAUUGGCUACUUUAAUGCCAUGGAAUAUGUUCAUAAAUGCGAAAUCAUAUUUUGAAAACUACAAACUUUCCAGCAAUGGUACCGACCAAGAAAUCAAUGACUACAAGACUAAUUUCAUGAGUUACAUCACAAUAUGUUCCAUGGUUCCGAGUGUGAUAUUUUCUGUAUUGAAUACGUUUAUUACUCGCAGCAGUGGAGCGUCUCCAGCUCGGAUUGUUGCAGCCAAAAUUAUUAUGAUCAUACUAUUAGCCAUGACGAUAGUGUUGGCGUGUUUGGACAGCAGUUCAUGGAUAAAAGUAUUUUUCAUUCUUACACUUUGUACAGUGGUAAUGAUUAACUCUGCAACUUCGGUUUUCCAGAAUAAUUUGUUUGGGAUAGGUUCUGUGUUGCCAGGAAAAUACAUUAAUGCUGUGUUAAUUGGAGCUAAUUCUUGUGGCAUAUUAACGUCCGUAUCGCAAAUUAUAAGUAUUGCAAUAUCUUCAGACGCUAAAAUAUCAGCCAUCAUCUAUUUUUCAUCGGGCAUUCUUAUUCUCAUCAUUGCCCUCAUCACGAAUCGAAUUUUCCAACGAUUGCCCUUUUAUAGAUUUUAUAGCGAUCAAGUCUCACGUGAAGCUGAACCUAGAAAAGAAAUAAAUGUCAGACCACAAUACUGGACGAUUUUUAAAAAGAUUUGGAAAAUGUGUUUUACCAUCUGGUUCACCUUUACUACGACAAUCGUGAACUUUCCAAAUACCACAGGUGAUGUAAGACGAAUACAUUUCCCAAUGAGCGAUACAUAUUGGAUUCCAGUGAUGUGUUUUCUAAACUUCAAUACAUUCGCAGUCGUAGGAACUCUGCCAUCCAGACGUUUUAAAUAUCCUACAGUGAAGUAUAUUUGGUUAGUAGCAAUUAUCAGAGGCCUCAUCUGUAUUCCAUUCUUCAUGUUUUGCAACUAUUUACCGGAACAGCGGACAUUUCCUGUGUACUUCUCAAAUGAUUAUGUGUAUAUUAUUGGCAUUGUAUUACUUGCCUUAACCAAUGCUCACUUAACGACGCUAUCUUUCCAGUAUGGGCCAACGUUGCUGAAAAGCGAUGAAGUUGUAAUUGGUGGAAUGAUGCUGAAUAUUUUCUUGUAUCUUGGAAUUCUAUCUGGUGGCUUUUUAUCAUUCUUGUAUCCUUACAUCGUGAAGAAUGUCGGCAGUUCUACCCUAGUGAAUGAUGAUACGGAUGCGCUGAACUUUUGAGAAGACACUGCAGGAUUUUGGGGAAUCUUUUUUUUCUUUUUUUUUUUUCAUCAUUGUUCAUCUGAUCUCUUUUUGUAUAUAGAAAAUUCCGAGACACCAAAAGACCAAAUACCAAAAACAAAUUAUUUUUAAUGAAAUUCCUCGUUACCAAAAUUAACUUUUUACACAAACAAAUGGUCUAUGUUAAAAAUAAUUUUGCUUGAGAGGAAAUUAGAUUGUGUGGGUUUACUAUCAUUAUCAUAUCAUUAGCGACACGAAAUUAGCUAAAACAAUUAUAACCAAUAAUUCAUGACUACAAAACACCCAAAAAAAGUACAUAAUGAAAAAUUAAUAUCAAAUUAGAUUUUCUAGCCUAGAAAAAUUUUCUUACAAACAGUUAACAUUUUAAAAUACUUCAAGAAAGAGUAUUUUAAUAGGAGAUUGUUAAGUAUUGUUGUAUAUACAUAUAUAGAGAGAGCAGAAAAUAGUCUGCGUUGUACAUGUUAGGGAGUUUGAACGUUGGGUUCCCAUCAAAUGGAUAUUGGUUUCUAUUUUGUAUAUUAAGCCAUUUGAGGUGCAGGAGUGGCUAUGUGGUAAGUAGCUUGCUUACCAACCACAUGGUUCCGGGUUCAGUCCCACUGCGUGGUAU